GAGGGGAAAUAGAAGGUGAUGACGUGGCCACGCUGAUAUGUGGGGUCAUGUUGACUCAGCCGCCACGUAGGAUGAAACCGGGUCAAAACCAUCAAAGUACCUAAAACGAACGGUUUUGUAAAUUAAGGGAUGUCGUGUAUCUGGUUUUGCGGUUGGGGGGCGAUUUUGUAACUCGAUGACAAGUUGAGGGACCUUCGGUGUACUUUUUCCAAAGUGAAAUGAUCGGUUUAAGGGUGGUCCGAACUAAAAGGAAUAAGUUCAUUUAAGGUCCCUUAACUUGAUCCCUUGGUAGUAUUAUUUCCAGUUUUGACUGACGUGAAUUAUUAGACUAAGUCUUCGUCCCAUGUGGUAAUGACAUGACACUUACGUAACGGUUUGAUCCGAAAAAAAUAAAAGGGCAAAAUUGAAAUCUAAAAAAAAUUAAAACAAAAUAUUCGAGGCUCAUAUAUCAUUAAAAAAAAUAAAAAAUAGUGGGACCUGCAUGUUAGUGGUCCCACUUCGUCCACUUACCCCUCUAUCUCUAUUUGCUCUCUGCCAACGAGCCGAAGUCAACCAAGCACGUGUGGAGAGGGAGGAGGCACGGAGGCUAGCGAGCGGGACAGUAAAACUUAUUCUGAGAGAGAAGUGCUCUCUAUGAUCAUGGCGGCGCCAUUGCCGGAUGCUGUGAAAGAGGAAGACGAAGGCAACAUGGACAGCUUCCAGUCAGGCCAGACGAUCAUCGGGCAAGACGACUUCAUGGCCAUCUUCAGGAACGACAAGCCCCUCUGCGAGCUUCUGAUGAAGAUCGGCCAGCGAACUUCCGGCAGCAGCGGUGCCAAGCCGGCUGCUCCUCCUCCGGCGCAGCAGCAGCAGCAGCAGCCACCUCCACCGGCGCAGCAUGGCGCAUGCGUGAAGAGGCCGGCGAUCGGGCCGCCUCCGGGGUUCGCCGGCGUCCGCCAGCCACCGCAGAAGCAGCAGCAGCUGCCACCACCACCACGGCGGAGGGCGCAGCAGCAGCCGGCGAGCGCCGCCGCCCAUCACCGCAACCCGAACCGCCACCACCUGUCCGGCGUCGCCGCGCCGCCCGCGGCGGCGGCAAACGCCCUGUCGAUCAUGAGGAAGGCGGCGGCCGCCGGCGGUGGCGGCGCCGCCCUGUACUGCGGCGUGUGCAACGUGAAGUGCAUGACGCGGUUCAACCUGAGGGAGCACGAGGCCGGGAGGAAGCACCGGGACAAGGUGGCCAGCAACGCCGGCGAGAAGAACGUCCGGUGCCAGCUCUGCGACGUGCUGCUCGCCAGCGAGCUCAACGUCGCGCAGCACUACGCCGGCAAGCAGCACCUCCACCGGCUCCGCCUCAGCCGCGGCCGCGGCGGCGGCGGCGGCGGCGGCAAUGGCGCCACGGGCGCCGGAGCAGCCUAAGUGUGAUUUCCACAAAGGCAAAAAAGAACCGCACAGGUUUUCGGUUUAAUCAUAUGAAUUUGCCCUCAUUUAUGAAUUUGGUGCAAAUUUGUACUUUUAAUAUUACUACUGCUGCUUAGCUACUUCGAUAUAUAUUUAUAUGCUGAUGAAACAAUUAAGCGCUCCUGCUAUAUUUGAACUGUAAUUUAACUAGAAGGAGACAUUAGCCUUAUCCCUUAUUAUGUAUGAAUUCUGAACCUGAAAUUUGGUUGUGUAAUAAAUUAUGUCUGCGACUCUGUUUUA